AUGCAGCUCUUCUACCGCGACUGGGCAAUCGGCCUAUGCUCCAAGGGGGUCGCGAUCCGCUUGAAUAUCGAGGUCACUAAGAUCGUACGCAGAGAUCGUCGUGGCGUCGCUGUUGUGGCGAUUCCAGUACAUGGUCACAACAGCGUCACAGAGGCAUUCGACAGAAAGAUUUUUCCGUCCCAGCAGCCGAAGCAUGCAGGUUGUGGGCAAAAUUAG